ACCAGUCUGCAGAAUAGUUUUUUAAUCACACGGUUCUCUCUGAAAACGCUCAGUCUUCAGGACUGGUCUGGAAAUACACCAGGAAGGUGUCUAAUAAACUCCUGGCUGUUUCUUGCCCGCCCCUGUAAUAGGCAGUCCUGUAUAAAGGACAAGGUCUCUGAUAACAGGCUUUUUUUUCUUUUGUUCUAGUCACCGAAGGGGGCAGUGUGGUCUUAUUAAGUACACCGCGGCUGCGUCUACACGAGAUGCUUACUGCGUAGUAGCUCGUCACCAGGAAGCCGUGAGGGGACGCUACUGCGCGGUAACACCAGUCCCUGCAUAGUCAUUUAGUACUUCGGUAUGCAAGUACUAAAUGACUGCGUAGUAACAAUUAUGCCGUCGUCGUCUCUUGUAGACACGGCCUGCGGGUCUGAUUUCCCAGCCUCGGCUCUCUCUGGGCAUUUAUACGCGUGCUGCAGGAGGCGAGGGGGCGCUUUAAUUAGAGCAGAAAUCCUGCCUCUCGCCCGCACUCUGCCUUUGACCUUUCUCUUUGAGGAACUGCUAAACAGAGCUGGAAAACCUGGCUCUGAGCUCAAAACUAACCACAUCACAAAGGGCUUUGGCGCUGCACUUUUCAUUAGACCUCCACUUGUGGAAGUGGUCUGGGAUGGAUCAGUCGGACUGCCGAGGCAUUGCACUGUUUUGGCAGGAGACAUGGCUUUUGCAGCCAUGCACACAGGUAGUUUGCGGGGGGGGAGUUGGCCCACUCCUGCCUUCCUUGCAUAUCCACAGCUUCCAUUUGCUUGGAGAAUUGCAGCUGAGCAGAAGAUAAUGGCUCAAUGUUCAGGAGCGAUGGAUGGACCAGGAGUCCUGUCUGGACUUGGGUCAUGGAGGGCUGAGAAUAGAGGCUUGAGUGCAUUGUCAGAUGGGGCAGAUGGGGAUUUCUGGUGGUGGUAUGCAUACUUCUAUCACAGCGAUGCAGAGGCUCGGAAAAAGAGAAACCCUGGCCCGUUUUCUCCGCUUGAAUCUGCAAUGCGCUUAUUUUUCUGGUUCUCAUUUACUUGGUCGGUCGUCUCCUUCGAAGCGUUGUUUCAACCGCGCAACCAUUUGGAUUCGGAUUUGAGCAUCUUGUGUCACAGCAAACCCCAAACCUUAUAGACAUACAAGCUCGUUGCCCCACGUAAAGUACCCACGAAACGUCCGAAUGAAUACUUUGCCUCCGAUCGACCGCAGCUGAUUAGAGUUAACUGCCAUUUAAGCCUCGUGUGUUUUGAUGCGAGUCAUAUAUCCCAGUCCAAUCAGCACCGGAUUAAAUCUGUUUUUAACCUGAGCAUGCUGCUGUUUGGAUCAGCAUCUCUGACUCUCGUUGGUUUGGGUCACAGGCAAAAUAAAGGUUGAGUUUGCAGGUAGAAAACCCACCAGGUCAUCUUGGGACUUGCGGGUUCAGGGAAGCUGGAAAUAGCAGUAGGGCUAUGCUUUCACCUGUGUCUGUGGCUCUGGAUGUGAUGCUGGUGAUCCAUUUUAAAAGGGAUGUUGCAAGGACAUAGAAAAGAGGUCCAGCAACUAUUCAAGGGAUAAAGCAAAUGCCGGACAGUGGGAGAUUUAAGCUUAGAUUGUUUUUUUCCUUUAAUGAGAAUGAAGCGGUAACUUAAUGGUUUAUAAAACCAAUACCAGGUGAUCAAAUCUCCUUUAAUAUAGAGGAGAAAGGCUAAUGAAGGACUCCUAGGCUGGAAGCUGAAGUGCUUCAUCUUCCUGGGCUCCUUCAUCUUCAUAAGAGGUAAAGUUUUUCCUAACAUGCCCAUUUUCAUCAUAUGUCAUUUCUAUUUCUACAUGGCAUCAUCAUGCUGGAAGACUUUGUGCCUCCAUCAGCAUCCUAGGAAUCGUAUUUCCAGUGAAUUACUGCUUAGGGAGAGCAGAGGAAGCCCCGCAUGUUGCGUUUAGCGCAAAUGACAGGACCCGGGAGCACGCUGUGAUUACAGGGGACACUUGGGAGCAGAGCAGCUGCCGUGUCGGAGCCGACCUUUAGACCUAAGCUGGCUCUGCAAAUGCCACUGAUUCACGCCCUGACUUCGCCUCUCGGUUGCCAUGGCCAAAUUAGAGACCCUGUCAGGUCUUAGUGACCCAAGCUACCAGAACCAGGAGACUUUCCACUCUUUUGCCUCUAGGUCCUCUGAAACCUCCUCCCAGAGCACUAUGGGAAGCGUUGGCAGCGGCGUCGCCAACGAGCAGGAGUUUGCCAUGAAAAGCGUGGGGACCAGGACUCAGAGCAGCAGCAGGCAGGCGGACGGCUCUCGAAAUGGCUAUUCCACGCGGGAGAUCUCCAACCGUUACUCUGGGGAGGAGAAGACGUACAAGACCGAGAAGAUCUCCAACUCCCUCUACAUCAACGGGGACUUACGCAAGAGUGAGAAGCUGAAGACGGACAUUUGUGGGAAUGUGACCACCAAUAAUGAGAAGAACAUGCCGCCUCCUCCCCAGUACAGAGAACCCAGUAAUCCACCAAAGAUAUUGCCGAUCUCUGGGAAAUUGGACCAGAGCAAUGAGCCCUUAGUUAGACCUUCAGCCUUUAAACCAGUAGUUCCUAAAAACUUCCAUUCCAUGCAGAACCUCUGCCCACCGCAGAACAACGGAGUGGCAGAGAACAGGAAGAGCCUGAAUCACACCAACAGCAAUAGCCCAUCCGCGGUCAAAAGUGGGCUUGACAAGACCAGCCUGAAUAGGACUACAAACCAAGUGGGAGGGCUUUCUGAUUCUGGCCGUAACUCUCUGACCAGCUUGCCCACUUACGGGACAGGCUACAGCCAACAUGUUGGUCCCAUGAGCGCUUCGACGAGUCACAUCAACCGCAUUGGCACAACCUAUGUGGAUAAGAACAUUGUGGGAUAUAAUGGGAUAUCUACCUCAGACAGCGGCCGGUCUUCGAGCAAGAGCACUUCUUCCUUCAAUAGACUCAACCAUCUUAAUGAAACGAUGCCUUUCCAUUCGCCCUCGACAGACGACAUUAUCCAAGACCUGGAAGACAGGCUCUGGGAGAAGGAACAGGAGGUCCUCCAGAUGAGAAGAAACCUAGACAAAAGUGAGGCUGCUAUCCUCCAAGUUUUCGAGGAGAAGCAAAAGAUUUGGGAGCGUGAGAUGGAGGACCUCAGGCAAAAUUAUGCAAACAAACUGCAGCAGGUCUCCAAGAAGGCCCAAAGGGCUCAGCAAGCCUUGCAACUCCAAAUUUUCAAGCUCCAGCAGGAGAAGAAGAAGCUCCAAGAUGAUGUGGCGCAGCUUCUCCAGCAGCGAGAAGAGCUGGAGAAAAAAUUUGUGGCGUUCAAAAAAGAGCAGGCCGAGUUUCUUCCCAAGAUUGAAGAAACCAAGUGGGAGGUGUGCCAGAAGGCUGGUGAGAUCUCCCUGCUGAAGCAGCAGCUGAAGGACUCCCAAGCGGACGUGUCCCAGAAGCUGAACGAGAUCGUGGGACUGCGGACGCAGCUCAAGGAAGGGAAGAACUUCCUACGGGAGAAGGAAGAGCAGAUCCUCACCCUGAAGGACUCCUACAGCUCCAAGAGCGUCAACCUGGAGAUCUGCGAGAACGAGCUCCAGAGGAAGAUGAACGAGGUGCAGAUGCUAAGGGAAAAGCUGAACCACUGUGAACUCGAGGUCUCCGGCCUCAAGCAGACGCUGGCCAGCAUGGGCCACCCGGGGCCUUUCCCCCCUGAACUCAGUGAGAAGCUCCAGGACCCGCUGGCCUGCGAGAGCGACGAGGCCAAGAUGAAACGCCAGAACGAGGACAGCAUCAACACCCUGAAGAAGGAGGUCGAGCGGCUGCAGGCAGAGCUGAAGCUGGAGCGCCAGCAGCGAGGGCAGCAAGUGAUGGACUUUGAGGAGGAGCGACGCACCUGGCAGGAGGAGAAGGAAAAGGUGAUCAAGUACCAGAAGCAGCUGCAGCUCAACUACGUGGAGAUGUACCAGAAAAACCAGAUCCUGGAGCACAAGGUGAACGAAAUGACCAGCAAGACGACCAGCUCGCCUCACAGCGAGGAGAAAAAACCCUGGACUCCCUCCCGGCUGGAGCGAAUAGAGUCCACCGAGAUCUGACGAGGCACCCGGACCAUCACGACCAUGCAUGUGCAACCUACUCCAGCCAGCAGUCGUCUGAAGGAUGACGUGCUCUGAGAGGUGUGAGCUUGCUUGCGACCAACCCCUCCACCCUGACUCGGUUCUUCAGUGCUCCUUAGGUAACAGACCUGUGGGUGUAUGUUGUUAUACUCUGACACGCAUCUGUUUUUUCUAGUACAGCUUUUUCAGCCCUUUUGGAAUAUGCCGUGACUGUUACUUAUUCACUUGCUGCCAUCCUCUUUCCCCCGCCGCUCACGCCCCUUGUUUUUGGGGUGGGGUUUCAUUUCUUGGUUACAUUUCUUCCUCCUUUUUUUGAUAAGUCUUUUCAGUAAAAUUAGUUUCAAGCUGACAGGUUUUCUGUUCUUUGGGUUGUUUUUUUUAGCCACAUUGGCUAACGGAGCAAAGCUCUGGGGAUCGCAAGAAAUUUUAUAUCCUGUCUUGCUGAUAGCCAAAUCCUGGUCCCAGUGAAGUCAAUAGGAGUCAUGCCCAUUGACUUCAGUGAAACCAGACUGCUGACUGAGAUCAGAAAAGCAUCUCUAGCAUUGCCAGAGCCCAUAAUGUCACUUGGGGGUUGGCAUGAGCCAGCUGAGGUCAAGUGAGCCAGCAUGCCCUGGCAUCCCAAGUGAGCUGAGAAGCUCUUUGGAAGUUCAGCAGUUUGACAUAUGCUGCAUUUUCGUAUCCGGCUCCUCCCCAUUCCUUGGUGACAGCCAGGGCUUUGGUGAUGGCCAGGUUGUAGCAAAAAAAGCACUCUGAUCCUAUUCUUCCUGUGCUCUUGACCUAGAAACGUGAGGGAGCACCAGAAAUUCAAGCAACUUGCACUUGAUUCCCAGAGAAACAAGGACUUCAGCGAAACAGCCCAACUCCUUGGAUCUUUAUCCAGGCUGAAGCUUUAAGAGUCUGCCCGUUGCAAGGUAGCAGGUGAUGUAGGAAUGAUGCCAAGUGCCCUUCCUCUGGCUGUUGUUCCCAGGGCAGGGAUGGCUGGUUGCAGAGGGGUGUCAGGUCAGGACUUACAGGUCCGUAGACUCGGCUAUGUUGGGGAGCACAUGUCAGCCUCUCAGAUAUGGCCCAGAUAUAGUGUAAAUAUUGCUAAUGCUGUGCUAUUUCAUGCACUCAAGUGUGACACGUAGAAGGAAGAUGGCCUAGACCCUCUUCAAAAAAGUGUUUGAUUCUGUGCCUAGCUGUGAGCAAGGUGGUGAUUCCAGUGCGGACCCUGCUUAAAGUUAAGCACACGCGCAAAACAUCUUCCUAAAUUGGACCCGGGUCCCCCCUGCUGAUUGGUGCCCACAGGCACCAACUCUUCUGUCUAUAUGCAAGAGCAGCUGUCAGCUUUGCAGUGCAGAUAGAUGGGGAACAUAACAGGCUGGAUUCCCACCUACCCGAAGACCUCUUUAUGCCACUUUGGCAACAGAGAGGGGCCCUCAAGAAGGACUCAAGCUGUCCACGUGGGGUUCAGGGGGCUCAGGGCAACUGGGAGCAAGGCCUGUUGAUUGCAGCUAGGCAAACCAAGGAUCAUUGCCUCCAGGAUGUGGUGCUGGCAGCCCAGAAGCUGCUAUGCAAUCCAAAUGGCAUCUGAGAGAGGGCUUGAGGCUACACACUUUCCAUAUUUCCCCGUGUCCAAGCUCCCACCACCCUGUGACAGCUCACAGUUCCCCAUCAAGCACUGAACUCCAGCUGGGACCUAGAACACCUUUAUGGUGAGCUCCAGAUUCAGAGGCAGGUCACUGGGAAAGGCACAGCUAGUCCAGUGAGUCUCAUCCUGUUGUUUUCCAGCAGACUUUGUCCGCUGGGCAUUGGACAGCAACGAUCAGAGCAUCAUAACAGCAGCACUGAUGGGCAGCAGUGGUCCUGUUGUAGUAGAAAAUGGGGGCCUGUGAUUUUGUGGGCUUGGGAGCCAGUUUAAAUCAGCGCCUGCUCCCCGUGAGUCGAUGGCAGUCAGGGAGAAGAGAGCCAGUGCUGACUGGUGUCACUGGAGACCAGUUUCUGGUGACUAGGAGGAAGUGGAUAUGGUCACCUCCCAGGGGCAUGAUUGGGCAAGAGUGGGCACUGUAGUGACUUCCAUCUGUGAAGCCAGGAUAAUGUCAGUGAGGGCUUUGCUUCCCAUGAAGGGCUCCAUCAGGGAACAUGGUGACAGCCAAGAGCUCUCCCUAGCAUUGCAAGUCUGAUUUCCUCCCCCCUCCACACUUGUUUUGCAGUCAGCCUCUUCUGACUGUGAUCCCAGUGGGGCUCCCACCACCCAUCCCCAGCUGUGCAGUCCCCAGUGCUGUGUAGAGGUGUGAAGAGCUGCGCCCGGAGCACGGAGCAGACCAGGGUGGCCGUGGCGGUGGCUAGAUUCAUGCCGUGGCAGCCUGACAUGCUAGGUCGCACUUUUAGUUCCAUGUUGUGGGGUUGUAGAUGCAACAGUCUGUGCGCUGCAGGGCACUGUAUUGGCUUGGCCAGUCUGGGGGUGGCAGCCCCAUGGAAGGGCCAGUUGGGGGGCAUUUCUGGGUCUGUGUGAGGCUGGGCUCUGUCUUCAGCCCCUUUACUCGCACCAGGCCAGUAUCUCAGCUGAGGUAAAUCAAAGUAGCUGCCUUGCCUUGAAGGGAGCUGGGCCAGUGCGUGCCAGCCAAAGAACGAGACACCUGCAUAUCCACCCAAGGCCCGAUACUGCACAAAGCUGAGCCCUUCAGUGCCCAUCAUAGUCAUCCGGGGGUCGAGGCAUUCAGCAUCUAAUGCAGAGGCCUUGACUGAGUUCAGGUCUUGAAGGACGUCCACCCAAUAGGUAGGGUGAAGCCCGCAUCUGUGAAGCAGGAGAUCUGGGUGACUUUGAGUCACUCCGCCUUUGUGUGCCUCGGUUUCCCCCACCUUGUUAGACCUCCCUCCCCCAACCUCACAGGGCCGUUGUGAGGACUCACUCAUUCUGGUGCACAAAGGGCUUUGAGAUCCUUGGACACCAGGGCCAAGCACCGAGCACUUGCAGCUGUCCCUUCAAAGGAGUUCAGAUCAGCUUCCCCUGGGAUUCUUCAGGCCGUGCUGCAGAGAGAGAGAAGUCCCAGGGAGUGGCACCCACCCUCUGAGCAGGCUGGGUCCAGGGGCCUGGGAGCUUUUUCCGUCUCCCACUACUCUGGGUGAUGCUCCAGCCUUAGUGAAAUCAAAGGUAUGUUCCCACUGACAUGGAUGCCACCCCCUUAUUCUAAGGGGUUGUCACAUGUGGUAUGCACCGCAGAGCUCACUUGGAUCUGUGUUGACCGCUACGGUAAACGUCUCCCGAGUCUAGGGCACCCCGACCAGGUCUCGGAGCAGGCCAGCCACCAGUCCACCUGUAGAAAGGCCUCUCAGUACACAUCUGUCCCAUGGAUCAUUGCAUCUCAGAUCCUUUCAAUGUGCAGACAGGUUUACACACCUGAUGGGGGGGCGCGUGCAUGAAGAUACCACCGAAGUACCUGAAGCAAGACCAGCCCAAAAUCCAGCAGUGUUCAGGUUAUCACAAGGGCUGUGGCAGGAGCCAGGUAGCCCUGAGGAUGUCAAACCUCAACCAACUGUGUGUUUCAGGUGGGGUAGUCACCUGGGUCCCAGUGACUCCACGCUUCUCCCAGGUGUGCUUCAAAUGACGCCAUGACCCAAAUGUGUCUGAACUCUGGCGGGCGUUUCCCUUAAACACCAGCAGAUCCAUGACUCCAGUCCGUUCAUCCCAUCCAGAGCUUCCACCAAAGAGCCUUUGGCUCAAUCUAUAGCUUUAGGGGCCAUGGACCUCCUUGAGGAUAAGGGGAGCUUGGGAAGACUUUUCAUCUGAAAUGAGGGGGGCCUGCAGUCUGCUCUGCUGAUGCAUCGCUGCCAUGUGUCCUGCAGCUGCGUCCCCUCCUUGAGCUGCGCUUCACUCCAGCCAGGGUUGCGGAGACCCGUAGAGCACUUGGAGGGUGCGCUGAUGGUUCAGGAGAUGGCGCUUAUCUUUGUGGGUCGCUGUGGAAGCAGGCUAGAGCGGUCCUGUUUGGAAGAGUGUAAGCAGACAGCCCAAUCUGCAAGGGGUCCGGGGUAUUUUUUUGCAAGGGAGGCAAGAACCCAGCAAAACUCCCUUGUGAUAAUGACAUGAGAACUUGAGGCUGGAAGGAGUCCCCUGGGCCAUAGGCCCCUUAUUACAGUACACCUUCUUAAAGCCCCCUGCCGUUUCCAUGGGCUGCCCUCUUCUCUGUCACUGCCUGUCCCAGACUGUGGAAAAGCAUAGUGCUAAAUAGGUACCUGCUUGUCCCCAGAGGUGGCUGCAGAAGGAAUCGUAAGACAAUUGUGCAUGAAGUGCUGAUUUCUUAUCCUUUCUGGGGAGAUCAGACCCCAUCUCCUACAGGAGUCUUUCUGGCUUUUUCUUAUCCUCACCUUGGUGUUCUUGCAACUUUCUUGCUUCAUCCAAUACGUAGGGUCGAGGUUGACAGCAGACGCCUGCGCUCAUGUCGGAAACAGCAUCUGUAACAAGGCCUCGCAGUCUGUGUGCAUGAAGCAAUAAGGGGAUCCCAUGCCAGGAGAAGGGGAUUCUUUGCCUGUCUCUCAUCUGGAUUUGCUAGGUGACCUUGGCAGGUCCUUUCACCUCUCCGUGCCUCACGGGUAAAGCAGGGAUACUCGUCCUUAACGUCCUCUGGAUGCCGGUUGGGGAUCCUUGGACCACAGCAAAGUGCAUGAGGUUCUCCUGGGAGUAACCUUUUUGAAGUCACUAGGUCAGACCCUUACUGGCGUGAGCAAACCUCAGUCAUUAGCUCCACUCUUUUACAUCAGCUGAGAUGUUGGCCCAAGUGAGUUAGGCUUGUACCAAGGUAGGGAGAAUCAGUCCCUUACACAUUGUGGGGGUGAAGGGUCCCUUGUGAUUUUUGCCCCUGUUGCUUAAAGAUGACAUGUGCUCUUUCUUAUCUGCUGGACUCCACAGCAGCAGGGCCCAAAGGCUUUGCAAACUACCCGCAAAUAGCACGGCUGGUACCGUGUGCCACAUGCCGCCCAGCACAGCUUUGCUUCCCCCAAUCCCCUGACCGGCGGUCACACCGAUCGCUGCCAACAUGAAUCUAGUUGCUAGCACGAAACGGUGGGGAAAUCCCUGAUGGUUUUCUGUGCGUGACCUGCUUAUUACCCGAAGGAGGAACCGAAUGGCGACUCUAUGCUGCUAAGUUCUACAGAGACAAGUGUACUUGGAUGUAAAUAACAGCCUGGUCCUGUAUAUACGGUGAUUAAACACACCAAGAAAAUUCUGUCGAUGUCUAUGUUGGUGAUGGGUUGGGAUUUACAGUAAGAGCAGAGGGCGUCUCAAAGAGCUCCGAGAGCCUGGUCCUCGAAGGUGCCCAGUGCCCAUUCAGUCCUGGUAGGGAUAGGGGCUGCUCAGCAUCUUCCAGGAUCGGGUCCUCUCUGUCGUGUUGUGACGUGUCUUCGUUCUGCCCAUUGAUAGUCCCCUGCGGGACCUGAGGGUGCAGCCAGUGUGGAAACACUGCAGCGUUGAUCCGCGCCUUCCCCAAAGGCCGCUCAGACAAGGCCGGGACUUUCCUUCUCCCGGGGCCGUGGCACUCAGAAGAGAUGCCCAGAAGAGAGGCUGCCUCUUAGGCAUCGGGCUGCAGGUCUCUCCCCGAGACACCGCAAUGACCCGUGGUCUCGCAUUGAAGUGGCACUUCAGAGCUUGUCCGAGGCGGCGGCCUCUUGACCACCAUGACCAAAGACAUAGCAAGCGUGCGAGACCUCCCUCUUCUGAACCACGUCCUUUAUUCUGAAGGCGAACGGGGCUGGGAGGGCAGGUGCUCCAGUGGUAAGAGUCUAUUGGAGAGAUGAGCAUGGACCAAAACCCGGCAGCGCUCUCUCUUUUACUUGGGAAGGGUUCAAAGGCCAAAUUCUUCAGCUCUGUCUGAAGCAAAAUGUCUUGCUGAGUAAGGAUCUGCAGGGUUUGGCCAGUAGGACUGGGCUGGGGGGAAUGAGACAGUAUAGACCAGUGGUGAGAGCUAGGGAGAGGGUGGCAGGAAGGUCUGGUCCUUUCCUCAGUGCUAGCAUUGAUGCAUCGUGUGAACUUCACCUCUCCAUGGCUACAAGUGCAAACACACAACACAUUUACGCUGGAUUGCUGCCCACACGGAGCAGCUCCCCGCUGGGUGUCGAGGGAGGCUGUUUGCAUUGACUGUCCGAGGCUGGACUUGGCUCGAGUUGCAGCCACACAGCCCAUAGGCUGCUGUAUCUUCCUGGCCCAUAGCUACUCCAACUUUACAUCUCACAUCCCCUCUGCAUUUCCCCCUGGGAAGGCAGAUCACACCCUUGUAAAUGUGUCGUGUGCACACCCCAGCUGUGACACGGGGGAUCUUGAAAUCUUCAAGGGCACUUGGAGCCUCUCUGAGUACGGGAGCGCUGGUGUAGGACCCAAGCAGAGGACCCUGUCUAACUCUCCUGGCUCAGAGAAGGCAACCGUUUGCAAAUGCUGGUUUCUUCAUGGGGAUCGUUGUAACCAGAUCACAAGGACAGCACAGAGUCUAGACAUGGGGAAUGGCCAGCUCUGCUGCUGGAAAGGCUGGUCUGGGAGUCUUCAUUUCGGUUAUGCAUCACCCCCUUCCCCUGCAUCAUAUCAAGAGAAAUGAAAAUAAAGCCUGUAGCCUGGCCGAGCACUGGCCGGGGCAGCUUGGAGAGAGACAGCAGUGUUCUUGUGAGCUUUAAAGUUCUCGUCUUCUCAGAAGAGCUACAUCAGAGAUGCGAUGCUGUGGGCUCAGAGAUGUGAUGCUCUCCCUCGCGCAGAGGUGCAAUGCUCUAGGAUGGUGCAAGUGGAGUGGUUCUGGGCAAGACCCCGCUAGUGGCAGUGAGAGUGGGUGAAGACCCAACCUGCUGAUCCAGCAUCCAUCGAAGCAGGAGCCCCGAUGCACAGGCAUGAUCUCUCACCCUGUCCUGGCUCUUGUCCCCGGCUCCGACAUCUUGCUGCGUGGCCCCUGGAGAAGCUGUUCUCCUUGGACUCCAGCGGCAGAGGCUGUGUGUAUGACAGGCCAGGCCCGCCCCAACAGACCAUCGCAGGGUCUGUACGUGCUCCCGUCAGACCCAAACGGAGGCCAGCGCAGGUCCAAAUUCUGGCCUGGGGUCCAAAUGGGGUCAGAGCUGGGGUGCAGGGGGGGUGGGACUGAGCACCACUGACUAACCCCACCAUGGUGGCCGCUACCAAGCCCACCCAAGCUCUGUGCAGCCAAGUCUUGAGCUGAGCCCCUUGCCGGGGGUGUUGAUUUGCACUCACGUGGAUCUUCUAGAUGCUGCGAACUGCCUAUGAUACUGGGGGGCAGCCUAUGAUAACGGGCCCUGCCUGCCUUUUGAUGCACACUGGGGGUGAGAGGUAGGGGAGCUUGCAAAUAAAUGCACUCGGCUUAGCUGCUCCUUUCCGUCUGGGGCUGUCCCCAAAGAGCAGCAGCGAGUCUGACCCCGUCCCUGGCUGGUAGGAACCCCCUUAACUCCAUGGGCUCCCAUGGAAAGCAGCACUCCAGGCCAGCUAAGGACAUGCUAACCCUGUUGUCCAAGUUCACCAGCAAUAAAAACCCUGCAGCUUGAGCUGUGGUGGGAUGGGCCCAGGUGUUGGGUUAGUGGUAAGACUGCGCAUGGGCCCUCCAGCAGCACCGGGGCCUCUGCCGAACCUGAAUCCCGUCUGUGCAUCCUUCGUUCCCUCCCAGCCUCACCGUCCCUCUGCUCUUACUGUGAAUUCAAACCAGAAGUGUUCUGAACUUGAAACUGUUUCCCCUCCCCACAACCUUUCUUGUCCCGCGUUGACUGUUAACAGUUCUCUGAACUACGUCUAUGGAGACUUUGCAAAAAAACAAACAAAAACCCUAAAAAAAAAAUACAAAUAAAUAAAAAUUAAAAUCCACCAAAAAAAAAAAAAGGUACUUUGGAAAGAAUCCAUAUUUAAAGUUGGGUGUAUCUCCUGUCCACUGGUCCUGUUCAAACACUGUUGUAUCGACUUUGCCUCUGGUCUGUGUAUUUAAAGAAAUUUUUAAAAAUUAAAAAAACAAACAAACCCCAUCCUGGAAGUUUUGUACAGCAAAGAUGUAUCCAUAUAGAAACCGUUGUUAAACCGAUAGCACAUUUCACAAGCUACUCCUAAUCUGUUGUCUGUCUCCAUCGGGUUAUAAAGAUGUUAAGAGCUACUGCCUUGGGAUUUUCUACCGUGUGUGUAUAUAUCUGUAUAGAGGUAUGUAUAUAUAUAUAUAAAGAAGCUCUAUAUGUAUACGUAUCUCUCUCUAUCUAUAUCUAGAGCUGACUGUGAAGGAUUUUUAUUCAGGAAAAAAUAAAAUGGAGAAAGGCCCCUUUUAAAACCAGAA